AUGCAAUAUCUUGACUUUGUUGAUGCUGACCGUGCAGCCAUUCAAAGAAAAACACUGAUUGGCAAUUUGGAGUAUCAUAGCCGUGAAAGUGCUGAUGAGCAAUCAUGGAGCGCAACAUCCUGCCUUUACAAUUGGCAUAGACGCUACGAUGACUGGCUUUGGCUCGAUGACGGUAAUACCAGUGAGAAGGAAGUGAGGUUGUUUCAGCAGCACUCUUGGAUUGUAGACCCUUUUCAUCUUUCCGAACAGUAUGAUCCUCCGGUGGCAGAGAAGAAAGAAUGCCUGAAUGAGCAAGAUAUCUUAAAUUGUGCUGCUAAAGUCCAAUAG